AUGCAGGGGCCUGUAGUCCGUACGGUAUUCGUAUUGACAAUAGGUAGCCAUCUCAUCCGAACCUGUGGCUACCCGAACUUCCGGUCGUGA